AUGGAAGCACAGACUCAAGAGAUAAGCCAGACAAGGCAGUCAAACAAGAGAAAGCGAGACUCCCCGGGACUGAACGGACGUACACGAAGACAGACAUCUGCCGCUGGAGUGAUGCAGCCGAAUGAUCAUAUCCCAUCCGAGUUGGAACGGCAUUACUACACCCAGCAGAAUGGGAAUGUGUUGAGCACUGUACGUGAUGAAGUUGCUCGUCAUGUUGCCGAGGUGGAUCCAUCAUCGUCAACAGCAGCUGCAGCGCUUGCAGCAAGUAUGCCUCAAUUGACUGUUCCACAACCAACCGAGCUCUCUUUCCCGAGCACAAAUUCUGGAAAUGAAGAUGAACGACAAAUUGAUUCAUCGUUCGACAUAGGUCCGGAGAGCAACAAUCCCCACAUUGAUGGACAAUACACCAUUGGCGCUUAUACUGGUACCAACGGGGAUCAAGGUGCAUCCAGUCUGAUAAUUGGGAAGCCAGCUGUUGGGACCGAUGAGUGGCACAAGGUUCGAAAGGAUAAUCACAAAGAAGUUGAGCGUCGACGACGGGAAACCAUCAAUGAGGGUAUUAAUGAGCUCGCCAAGAUUGUGCCUGGAUGUGACAAGAAUAAAGGCGCCGUCCUACAGCGGAGCGUUUCUUACAUUGGAUCACUAAAGGAGAACGAGGCGCGGAAUAUAGAGAAAUGGUCGCUUGAAAAGAUGCUCACGGACCAGGCAAUUGCUGAGCUAUCUAACAGUGUCGACAAACUGAAAGAUGACAACAGAAAACUCAUGAAAGAUAAUGACAAAUUGAAACAGAUCGCACAGGCCGCCGGCAUCGACAUUGAUGCCCAGGAAACGACAACAGACCACGGGAAAUCCCGAUAA